UAAUACAUAAUCAUAUUUUCAGUGGGUCAAUUUUGUUAUUACAAUUAAGGUUUCAUCAGUUUGUAUUAGCGUGGAUUGUUGAUGGCAGAUGUUAGAGGAUCCACAAGAGGGAUGGGAGAGAGGUCGUCGUCGUCGACGUCAACACUAGGCCUUCGUCGAAAGGUUGUACCUUUCUCCGAGUGGAUGGAGGACUCCAAAGGCCAUUAUCUCCUCCUUCAACUUCCAAAUUUCAAAAAGGGGGAGGUGAAGGUUGAGGCCAAUGACUCAGCUGGCCAUGUAACAAUCAGCGGAGAAAGGCAAGUGAAUAAGGAGAAUGAAUCUGGGUCCUCUGAGGAGGAGGAGGAUGAACUUGAGUCAUUUGAUGAGGAGGAGAGUGAAUCUGAUGAUCAGUCUUCUGAGGACGAAAUGUAUUUUGUGGAGAUUAAGAAUGGAUUUGAGUAUUUUGAGGAGAAAUUUACCAUUCCACCAAACUCAGAUGCCAAUAUGAUCACAGCAAAAUUGGAGGGUGAGACGCUGUACAUCAUUAUACCAAAGGUAGGAGCAACAGAAAAUGAUAGAGAGUAUACAAAUGUCCCAGGCUUACUAUUAAGACCCGAAAAUGAUGGACACUACUCAAACAUAUUAUUAGGAAAUGGCCAUGUAUUGUUCUCUCUAGAAAAUAUAAGGAAAUGGGAUGAGCAUGAAGAUGGGGUUUUAAGGAUGGCAAUGGAGAUGUUGAGCAAAAAGAAAAGGAUGGUUUUAACCGCGGCGACCGCCGCCCUUGUAGCAUUUUCUUUAGGGAUGCUAGUUUCUCAUCAGACGUUCCAAUCAGGAGGAGGAGAAUGAGAAUUAAGUAUGAAUUAAGGCUGGCUAGCCAUGGAUAUUAUGUUUACUUAAGCUAAUGUGUACAUAAUAUUAUUAAUGCAAAUGAAAAUGUCUGAAAAAUUAAACAUGAUC